CUACGGAGGGAAACCAACCAGUAACAGACCUCUGUGGAUUGGCCUUGGAAGCUUACUGAUGGGGAUAGGUGUGUUGGUUGCGCUCUUGCCACAGUUCAUAUUCGGAGCUUACGUCCCCUCAUCGAAGGAUCCAAUGGCAAUGGUAACUCAAGCAGUGCUACGUGCUCUGCUGUAGGUGGAAAUAUGACGGACCAGUGCAGCGACAACGAUCAGGGAACCGAUGAGGGCAGCAACAACGCUGCUUUCAUCUUCAUCAUCUGCGGUCAGAUCAUCGUUGGACUAGGAUGGACACCGGUGAUGGCGCUAGGCAUGUCAUACAUAGAUGAUAAUGUGAAGACCACCACGUCCGCUAUGCACAUCGGGUACGUUCAGAGCAUGUUUGGUUUCGGCCGGAUCGCCGGAUUUCUCAUUGGUGGAGUUACGGUUCGCAAAUGGGUUGAUUUCUACCGUGACGAUCCGGAUAAUUAUGGAGUUGGACAAGAAGAUCCCCAGUGGGUUGGCGCUUGGUGGUUGGGUUUGAUCAUAGCCUGUGUGUCUUACAUUUUGUCUGGCCUUCCCAUGACCGGUUUCCCCCGAAGUUUGCCGAAGAAUUACGAAGAGGCACACGAUGACUUCAUGGGUCAUUCCAGACGAGAAAGGUUAAACGAAAGCGGAAGUGUUGAGGAGACUGUGAAACCAAAAUCAAAGAAAAAGGCAGCUUUCAAAAGUAUCAAGGACAUGCCCGGUAAAUUUUGGGAAACGUGUAAAAACCCUCUGUACUUGAUUAUCAACAUGGCCUUCGUCACGGAGUUCGCCGCUCAGAUCGGUCUCAAUAUCUUCUUCCCUAAAUACCUAGAAACAGAGUUUGGGCUGACGUCAUCAUAUGCAAAUCUUAUCACAGGCGCAACACUCGUACCAGCCGCUGCUCUUGGUUCCAUCGUUGGUGGCGUCAUUGUUAAGAAGUUCAAGACGAAAGCUGAAGGGUCGUGCAAGGUAGCCUUGGUUCUCAGUGUGGUCGCUAUGGUUCUCCUGCUUAUAACAUUCGGGGUUGGUUGCCGAACCAUUCCAACGGCUGGUGUGACGACUAUGUAUCCAGAUCAAACCUCUGGCACGAGCUUGAGUCGAAGUAGUACCUGCAACGUUCAAUGUGGAUGCAAUGAUGAUAUCUAUUCCCCUGUGUGUGGUGGUGAUGGUAUCACCUACGUCUCGGCCUGCCAUGCUGGAUGUAUGCAAGAGCAUGAUAACGGGACUUUUGGUGACUGUUCGUGUAUUACCAAUGAUGGCGUUGUUGACUCGGCUGUUGAUGGUAGUUGUGGGAAUAACUGCAAGACUCUUAUUCCAUUCCUCAUCAUCUCCUUCCUGGUAGUCCUCAUAUCUGGUGCAGAAGAAAUCCCGCAGACUCUCAUCGCAAUGAGAUGCGUGAAUCCUGACUCUAAAGCAAUAGCGCUCGGUGUACGGGCUAUCAUGAUGAGAUUACUCGGUGCCAUUCCAGCUCCGCUGAUCUACGGGGCUGCGAUCGACACUGCUUGUAGGCUUUGGCAGACUGAGUGCGGCAAGCAAGGAUCUUGUUAUAUCUACGAUCUUGCGGCUUUCCGUUAUGCCUACCUUGGUGUCAACUUCAUCUUCAAAGUUCUCACAGUCUUCUUCUACCUCGUGGCAUUGUGGCUCAUCAGACGACAGCGCAUGCGCAAUCAAAAGGAGGGCAAAUUGGCCAUUGAAGAGGAAGAGUGAGGGGGGAGGGGGAUAGCAUGAGUGAUGCAGAUAGUGUGCUGCCUAAUAAAGAAAUGUGUGCGCAAUUGUUAGUAUUUCUACUAUACUGCCAGAUUUUUAAGAGAGCGACUUUUCUAUCAUAUUACCGUUUCUGGGGUGACUUUUGCAUUUUCUAUUUUAAUUUGAUCUUAUUUUUGUACGAAAUUUUUUAUAAAACGCUUUUCUUAUUAUAUUAAAAUGUUGCAUAAAUCUUUUUCCAGCUUUAAUACUCGAUGUUUUUCAAUAUACUCUUUAUACAAAAGGUAAUAAGAAGGAAUACAUUUAAUAAAUAUAUAUAUAUACUGAACAGUUAUUAAAGCAAUUGUAAAAUGAGUGAUUACUCGAAGAUAAAGAUGCAUGCAAUACUUGUAAUUAUUACACUUCAUUCAUGUCACGUGGUGCAUAAUACCGAACAAAUUCGUAUUGCAAGAGAAAGUAAGACUUAAAUGCAAAACAUAUAAAUGCGAUUAACUGUUAAUGAUCACGUUGAAGAAAAAGCUAAUAAGGAAGUAGAAUUCUUUUAUAUUACAUCGUAUAUUAUAGUGCAAAUAUAAUGGUACACGCGGAAUAAACUAAUCAAAGUUACAUGUUUGUGUAAGUUUAUAAAUUAUAUCAUAAAGAGAACUGUUAAGUAUAUACAUUAACGUGGUGCAAUGGUAUUAAAAAAAAACUAUAUGAUAUAUAUUUUAGCUAUCAUAGGUUAAACAGUGACCGAAUGGUCAAUCGAUACUGUUCAAAAGUAUAAAAUGUAUUUUUAAAAGUGUUAAAAUGUUUUGCCUUCAUGAUAUGCACUCAUGCUUGACUUUUGCUAAAAAAAACAAAGUAACUAUUAUAAUUGUUUAUACGGGAAUGUAUGCGUAACUAAUCGUCGUUUGUAAAGGCUUCAGACUGAGAGUAAUUUCAACUAGUAAAGUAAUUUCGGCUUGCAACCAGAGUAAAUACAGAUCGAACACGAGAUCUUUUUACCGAUCAGAAUCAUUAUUGUCUUGCUUUGUAAUAUGAUCAUACACCACACGGGCCAUAUGAAGGCGGCCCCUGGACCCCAGCAAGAAAGGUUCGCGCCAACGCGCGCGCACGUUGGCUUCGCCCUUGCCCCUAACUUCGAAGAUCUGCCGCUGUAGAAUGAUUCUAUUUAAAUGACUACAAAAACGGCAUUACUAUUAACUUUAUGAUGUACACAAAACAAAUGGUGUCGGCUGCGUAAUUAUCUGUGAAUUCAAAUAAAAUGGUUUAUAAACAACGACAAAUUAA